AUGGAGUUCUCACAGACAAAUUGUACUCGAGAAGAGCUACUGGUUUAUUCAUCUGCCACACUACGGUGCCUCACAAAUCCCAAACUCACUCCUUGCCCGGUGGUGCGUAAAACAGCUCUGGAUAUUUUCGGCUGUGUUGAUCCAAUGAACCAAUGGGACAACUCCUGUUUAAUCCGAACCGGUCUGGAACGCGAAUCAAACGACAGCUACGCUCGUCUUUUUGUAGACCAGUGGAUGAGGAAAUGCAGUGACCUAUUUUCUCAUAACUCAGGGAAUGAGCAAACCGUGACCGUCCAACCGAUCAUGGUGUUCGUGACUCAGUUGGAUCAACCACAAAUGCGUAUCAGCUUCAUGCGUAACAUUUUGUCCUCAUUGACCUCUGAUUCCGUGGAUGGAUCAUCGGAACCUCGCAUCGAAUGCUCACUGGACCGUACUAGCCGAGAUCCUCAUCUCAUGCGAUUUCUGAUCGCCCAUAUCGGCAUCCCCGAAUUAAUCCGUGUGAUUCGCACCUCGACCGGGGACAAUUUCGGCUCGUACGAACUCCGUUACGCUUGCUUCAUCCUCCUUCAAUUGACCGAAUUCGCACACUUGGAUCCAUCAGUUUGGUGUGCCGUACUUGAACGUGCAGAAUUGUUCACUUCUGACCUUAAGCAAUUUUCAACAUUUCAAGCCAUCACGUCAUUAUCUCCGAUGCUUCUAUUGCUUGCUCGCUUAGUCGACCUGAAAGCAAACGCGUCUGAUAUCCCUCGGUAUUUUGGCAUACUGACGGAAGCCGUGCGCCUGUGCACAGUGAAUAAUACCCUUGAUACAACUGAGUUGUCCAUCUCGGUGCUGCGUGUUCUCGGUCAGCUGCCCACAGAAUUGAUUCAAAUGUUGUGUGAAACUACGCCGGCGCCCUUGGUUUUCCUUUUCGAAUGUUUACUCAACUAUGGACAGUAUCAGUUACAAGAUGUGGCAUGCGCUACGUGUCAACUUUUACUGACGGACUUCAAUGGGUCUGAAAUCGGUGAGGCAAUGGAGAUAUCUGGUAUUCCACUGCCGUAUGUGGUCUUUUCACGCGUACUGCAAUGGUUGGGGACUCACGGGGGCCUCAAGCCCCCACAAUUAGUCCGUUCAAUAGUCAUUCCGUUGCUUCAGCGUAUUUCUCUUCCGGUUGACGAACAGGUUCAGAAAGAUAUUCGGGUAUUUGCUCACGGUUCAGAGGAUCGUAUUUUCGAUUUCCUACACACGAUGGAAAUGAUUGUCACCGCACUCGGUGUGUCUUCCUCGGAAGUCCAAAGGAAGGCAUCACCGAAAAUGUGGAUAGAUUUUAAAUUACAACUGGAUAAGUGCUGGUUGGAUCGACUUGUGCACGACCUAACUGAUGACAUGCUCUUGAAUAAAACGGUUCAGAUUCGAUGUGAAUUGAGUCGUCGAUCCAUGGAAUUCCUGACAAGAAACUGGCCCAUUUCCGUUGGUAAAUGA